AAAGAGCGAAGCGACGAGGUGUGUGUCCCGGUCAAAUCGGGGUCACGUCGGUGCAGGUCAGCACGUUGCAGCCAAAUGAGACCGAGCCCCAUCCGGUCCAUUAAAGGCAGUAGUGGCAUAAGGUGGAGUAAAGUACAAUAAAAUAAGCUAAACACGCGAAACAGUUUUAGGUUCUUGCUCAAAAUGAGGCAGAAACUGUAAUUGAACCUGAUUUCAGCUCCAAGCUCUUGGUGUUGAUCAGAGCAGACAGACUUUACUUCUUCUGAAAAAAUUCCCACAUUUUUAAUGUUAGGACCGGCUCACAACAAUCAUCAUCAUCAUCAUCAUCAUCAUCAUAGUAGUGAGUCAUGAUACACGGGGCUGCUCAUUCUGUCAGCACAAACACAAAAUGUUCCCAUGUUUCUUGAAGUCUUGUCCACACAACAGUCAAAACCCCAAACGUAUUCAGUUUUCAAUCACAGGAGACAAAAGCAGCAAAUUCUCACACUGCAGAAGCUGGAACCUGAUAAGCGUUUACACUUGUGCUUAAAAAAAUGAUUGAAAUCAUCGAUCAGUUAUUAAAAUAGUUGAUUAUUGACACGUGGUCCAGUCGUGAUUAUCUGGUGCCUCAUCUUCCGGUAAAGUUAGGACCUUGCACGAGCUGAUCUUGUCGCGGUCGCAGUCCACACCGCGUCCGCCUGCGUCGUUCUCAAAGAUGCCGCCCAAACCCCUGGAGCCUCUGGCCAAGAAACUCAUGAAGGGAGUGAUCGUUCUGGAGCUGCUGGGCGUGUUCGGGGCGUACGGUCUCUUUCACAGGAUGAACAGCAGCCAAGAUUUCAGGAACACCAUGAACAGAAGGUUUCCAUCGAUUCUAGAAGUUUACUACCAGUCCAACGAGUGGGCGGGGGUGUACGGCAUCCGAGAGAGAGACCACGAAGCCUGGUCGGCCAAACAGGACUGAAGGCGCCCGUCAGCGAAAAGUCCGCAUCAUCAAACGGCUACUUCUUCCUCCUCUUGUUCCCGAACGUCCUGCUUCCCGUCCUGGAUCGGCCGAACGCCAUCUUGUUCCGGUUGAACAAGGUCUUCUUCCUGCGCAGCGUCUUGGCGUCGCGGCCGUGGAUCCAGUCGUCACGCUGAGCCUCCCACUUCAGCUGCUUCAGACCUGCAGGGAUCAGCAAUCAAGUGUUUAGAAAGGAUGAGGGGAUGACGUCUGCGUCGUCGCCAGCUCCCGCUUUAUGAAUCGGACCGAUUCAAACGAGAGGUUUGCAUUUUCCCUAAUCUGGCUCAUUACGAUAUUAACAGAGUCAUGGGCCACUCUAGUCAUAUUUAUUGGUUCUGGACCUUUGGUCAAACAGAAUGAUGAUCUCAAGACUUCACAUUCGACUCAGCAAAAAAAUGUUGCUGUUUCAUAAAUUAAAUGGUUAAUUAUUUGUCACUGCCCUAAUAUAAACAUUUAUUAAAUACUGUAUAGCAGA